AUGGCUUCCCUCCUUUCCGUGGAAGCACUCGCAAAGGCUUUGAGUGCUGAUCUCCUCAGUCUUGGAUUAUCGGCAGCUAGCUUUGGAGUUUUAUCUCAUGUUUCAGUCUUUCGCAGUCUACCCGUUGAGGAAUACUUGGAUAACCUCUUGAUUCUGUAUGCUGUGACCAGCGUUGCGAUCGGGGCUACUUACCUCGCUAUUACAGAUGUAUCAUUUCUACAGGCUCUCUUCCGAUUAGGUGUGAUUGCAUCGGCAUUUAACACAGGUCUCGCCUCUAGCAUGGGUGUCUAUCGGUUGUUUUUCCACCGUCUACAUCGUUUCCCAGGUCCUAAGCUAUCUAAGCUUUCUCGCUUCUACAAUGCCUAUCUUGUUGGGGAGAAUCUUCAGUAUCAUCUUGAGCUCAAGAAGAUGCACGAGACAUAUGGAGAUUUCAUUAGAACCGGCAUGUUUCCGAAUCACAUUACCUACUUACCUCUAUGCAUCGUUCGCAAAACAGCAGUCCCACUCCUCUUCUCCGCACAAUCCAAAUGUAACAAAUCUACCUUCUACGCCCAAGCACAAACCGAGUCCAAAUACUGUAAUGUCCACCACGUACGUGACCACGAUGAACACCGCAAACGUAGGAAGGCCUGGGAUCGCGCCUUCAGCAUUAAAGACUCAGCCCUCGCAACAUACGAGCCAAACGUCGGCGCCAAAGCAGACCAGUUCAUCGCCCACGUGGAAAACAAUCUCGGCCAAGCAAUCGACAUCAGCUCCUGGGCUAUGUUCCUCAGUUUCGACAUAAUGGGCAACGUAGGAUUCGGCAAGGAAUUCAACAACCUCACCACCGGCGUCGAGCAUCCAGGCAUCAAAGCCGUUCACGACCACAUGGCUAUCCUAGGAACGAUGUCCCACGUCCCAUGGCUGUUAAAUCUUGCCGGUCGGCUUCCAGGAGCAACAAAUGCAUUGAAAGAGUUCUUUAACUGGUGUGAAGAUGAGAUUGUACAGAAGCAGAAGACCUGGGAUGCCAACGAAUACCCAACAGAUGUAAUAUCAUGGCUACUUAAAGCAUAUGUGGAGAAAGAUGUCUCGGCGGCACCUACUGCAACUGCGCUCCAUGAGGAUUCGCGCGCUCUUCUCGUUGCUGGGAGUGAGACUACGGCUACCACCCUGGCAUCAGUGCUUUACUUCCUUGCGAAGAACCCUGCUGUGCAGAGGAAGUUGCAGCGACAAUUGGAUGAGGCGAUGCCUGGAGGAGCUAGUGAGUGGUCUUAUGACAAAGCUAAGAGUGUGAUAUAUCUCGAGGAUAUUAUCAACGAGACGCUUCGAUUACGGCCUGCGCUGAUGACGGGUGGAUACCGUGUUACUCCUGCUGAAGGACUCCAGGUCGAUGAGGUGUAUAUCCCUGGGGAUGUUAAUGUUUUUGUGCCAGUUCAGUUGAUCCAGACUGAUGAGCGGUAUUAUUCUGAGGCGAAGAUGUUUGUUCCGGAAAGAUGGCAUGAGAGGGAAGAGAUGGUUCAUGAAGGAGCUCCUUUUCUUCCAUUUUUGCUUGGACCGUAUGUCUGCCCUGGAAAGAAUCUGGCGUUGAUGAGUCUACGCAUUUCGGUUUCCAAGCUGGUACAGCUGUAUGAUAUCACGUUCGCGCCAGGUGAGACGGGUCAUGCUUUCGAGACCGAGACGCUGGAUACAUUUACUACUACGCUGCCGCCACUGCAGAUUCAGUUUCAGCGUCGGUGA